AUGGCCGAAAAUCUAAAUCAAGAGUACAAUCUACAAGCUCAAUUCGACUACGACGAAAGUAGAAGAAGUUUAUUCAUCUUUCCAGAAGAUAUGGACAGAAUAGAUAAUAUCAACCGUGAACUCAACACACUUCAAAUAGAUUCAAUAGAAAUGUAUGAGAGGGCCAUUAAACUCGCAGUGACAGAACUCGAUUAUCUUGACCUCAUUUACAGAAGAAAUUUCAAUGCAGCAUGCGUGAAAUGUUCAUUAUGUCCAGUCAUCAGAAGUAAGGAGGCUACCGCAGGUAAUAGAACUAUGAUAUACCGUGGGUUGAAUAAUAAUAAUAAUAAUAAUAAUAAUAAUAAUAAUAAUAAUAAUAAUAAUAAUAAUAAUAAUAAUAAUAAUAAUAAUAAUAAUAAUAAUAAUAAUAAUAAUAAUAAUAAUAAUUAA